AUGUCAAGUGGUCUCACAACAGCAAACCUUGCUAGCUCUGUCCAGACCAUCGGUUCUAGUGCAUUCAGUUCCAGCAGUAUCACAGACUUAACUAUUGGCUGCAAUAUUCCCCAAUAUAUGUGUCAAUCCUGCACAUCUCUGACUACAUUAGAAAUGCUCCCAGGCAUUGUUGAGAUCAAUAUAUAUGCAUUCAGUGGCUGUACAUCUUUAUUAGGAUUCACGAUUCCGACAACUUUGCAGACUAUUGGAAGUUUCUCAUUCCAAAAUUGUGAAGUUCUGAAAGAUGUCAACAUGGCAACAAAUGGAAAUCUUAACAGUGUUGCAGGAGGAAGUUUCCAAAGGUGUUAUCGACUGAAAGAAAUCAGUCUUUCUCCAAUGGAGAAAAUUUUCUCAUUCUAUAACGGAGCCCUAAUGAAUCGUCAACAAACACAACUCAUUGUCUUCAUUCCAUAUAGUGAUAUUAAAAACUUUGUUGUUCCAAGUGAGAUGGAAGUUAUCGGAAGUUAUGCAUUCAUGGGAAGUCCAAGGCUUGUACGCGUAUUCUUCAGCGGAAGUAGAAUCAAUCGAAUCAACUACCAAGCAUUCAAAGAUUGUUACAAUCUUAAUCUUGUAUUUUUUGCAUCUUCUAAUAUUGAAGUUUCGUUUGGAACAGAAGUUUUCGUAGGAUGUCCAAAUUUGAAGAAAUGCGGAACAUUCUCAGCACCUCCAUCUGUUAAAGCUACUCUCUUGGAGCAGGGCAUUCCUAGAAUUGCUUUUAAUGAUGAGUGUGAUACAUCUGUAACAUGCAAGAUCAGGCCAGAUUUCAAGAUUUCGCCAUCUUACUUAUUUCCAUUUAUAACCAUGUCAGUUUAA